UGAAACAAUAAGGACAAGAACCGUUAUUUUUGGAAAUUCCCGCAAAAUAUUUAUCAUUAUUUUUCUCUUUCCUUUUCAUUUGGCAUGCAUUAUUUGUAGCUUUCUUUGCUUUAGAAAGAAAACUGGCAUACUGUUUAAUGGUCAAACAUGAAAGGCAACAAUUUCCGGCUGUUUAAUGAAAGUAAAGACCGUGGAUUGGACUUUCUAAGAUUUCUGUCUACAGAAGAGAUUUCAAUUCAAAAUCAAGAGAAAGAGAAGAUAAAAAAUGUUUAUCAUUCUGGCUACAAUGCUUACAGAAAACAGAUAAAACCAAAUGAAUCUCAGAUCCCAUUUCCAGUGAUCAUUAAAGCCCUGUUUAUCAUGGGAAAGCUUCAUUUGCGAGAAAACAGAAUGUUUAUGGGAGAAGCACCUUUAGAAUAUAUCAACUCCCAUCAGAAUAGGUCUCCCAGGCAUCAAAACAGUGCAUAUCAAAAUUUACCUGCACCAAAUAUUUCAGGGAAUUCACUCAGAAGAAAUGGUAAAAACCACAAUACAAAAAUUCCAUCAGCCAGUGUCCAACAAAAAGGUACUGAAAAUCAAAACACAGAGUCAGGAGCACCUAAAAAAAGGUCUAGAAACAGGAGGUUUAGACGAAAAUUUCCUGGUCGAGUAGCAGUUGAUCAGCAUCUUCUAAUAAAUAAAGAGUCUUCAAGUGAAAGUGAUGCUGAAUCACCUGGGAGUGACACAUCACCAAACCAUAACACUAAUGCUAAUACAUUUAAAGUUUCUGAUUUUGAUCUUUACACUCGUAAAAUUGGAAAUAUCUAUGAAUGCAUUGCAUGCUUAGCAAAAUGUACAUCUAGAGAUGAAAUUGAACGUCAUCUAGAAGGAAAACGUCACAGACUUGGUGUAAUGACUUUUGAAUUGAAGAAAAGAAGAAAUGAAUUGGUUCAAGAUCAGAAAGGUAUACAGAUUAUAAGUGAUGUCCCUUGUGCAGACAGUACUUUUUGUUUGACAAUACAUGAAAAGGUUCCAAAGACUAUGGUUUUGUCCAUUAAAAACAACAGUAGUGACAGUUGUGAGUUGGUCCACUGUGAAUUGCUGAAGCGGAUCAGAGUUUUCCAGUUAGAUGAUGACCAUGGUGUUACAGAAUCACAGGCAACCAUGAAUAUACUGCCAGGUGGAACAUAUAAGAUAAGAGUGAAGACAUCUGCCAAGAAUGUUGGUACAUAUCAUGCUCCAGUUGCUUUCCACUUCAACAAAUAUGAUGACCAAGAGUUCCAUAUCAUCAAAUUUCUCUCUGCAAGAUGUGUAAAUGAUAUUACUGAGAAUAUAAAGCCAAGUCUGCCAUAUAAACGGCAGUCAAGAAGAGCAUUGCAGAGGUUGACUAAGGAAAUUGUAGCAGGCUAUCCUUUACCAAAACUUUAUGGUGACAAUCUUAAGAGAGAAAUUGAGUUAAAGUCUUACUUAAUUCCUACUUCAACCCGCCACUUAGUUAAUAAAGGAUUGAAAGACACAAAAGGGCUGACACAUGUGCAGAAAUCAGAUUUGACUGAGAUAAAAUCAGCAAUAGACAAUCCUGUAGAACUUGGUACUUAUGUGAAGAGAUUUCAGAAUUUGAUGCACUUUGAGGAGAUACAAAUGGAAUAUGAUAUAAGAAAAUAUGACCUUGAAAAUGUGCCCAUGGUUUUUUGUUCUGAUAACAAGAGACUGCUGAAACUUGAAGUUCCAGGAUUAGCAGAAAAUAGACCAUCUGUUUUAAGGGGAGACAGACUUUAUGUCAGGAUAAACAACAAUGAACACUUAAGUGACAAAGAAUACCAGGGUUAUGUUCAUGAAGUAAGACAACUAGAAGUUGUUUUGGGAUUUGAUGAUAGUUUGAUCCAGAGAUUCAUUGUGAACAUGAAGUUUAAUGUCAGGUUUGAGUUUAACAGAUUACCUAUGAGACUUCAGCACAGAGCCUGUGAACUUGCAAUUGAAGAAAGUCUGGAACAUAAAAUUCUAUUCCCUGACCGUGGGACUGUAUGUACAGAACAGACCUCUCACCCUGUUAAUGUACAGCUUAGGUAUUUUUGUAGAGCAAUAGAAGCAAAUGAGAAGCAACAGAUUGCUGUGAAACAUAUCACUUUAGGAACAUCUCGUCCUUCACCAUAUAUUGUAUUUGGUCCUCCAGGAACUGGCAAAACUUUUACCAUAGUAGAAGCCAUUAAACAAAUAUGGAAAACCAAGCCUCAGACUCACAUUUUAGCAUGCACACCAUCAAACAGCGCUGCUGACCUGAUAGCUGAACGUUUACUGGAACACAUUCCUCCACGAGAUAUACUCAGAUUAAAUGCAGCAUCUAGGAAUUAUAGUACCAUUCCUGAAAAAGUUAAGCCUGUUUGUAACUAUAGUGCAGCCACUAGACAGUUUGUAUACGAGACCAAAGAAGAUGUUAUGAAAUACAGGAUAAUUAUUUCUACCUUAGUGACUGCUGGCAGGUUAUCCUCAGCUAAUUUUCCCACAGGACAUUUCAGUCAUGUGAUUGUAGAUGAGGCAGGACAUGCUGUAGAACCAGAACUUUUGAUUGGUGUAGCUGGCAUCCUUAAUAUUGACCCCCAUAUCCCUGGUGGGUGUGGACAGUUAGUAUUAGCCGGAGAUCCUAAGCAGUUAGGACCAAUCCUUAGAUCACCAUUUGCUAUAAAAUAUGGAUUAGAUAAAUCUUUGUUAGAGCGUUACAUGUUAGACCAAAAGGUAUAUGCCAAACCAUAUGAUGAGAGAAUUAUUACUAAACUUCUUAACAACUAUAGAUCUCAUCCUGACAUUCUAUACCUACCAAAUAAAUUGUUUUAUGAUCAAGAGCUAGUAGUAAUGGCUGAUCAGAUGAUGAGGGAAAGCCUUUGUGAUUGGGAGAAACUCCCUUGUAAAGGUUUUCCUAUCAUAUUUCAUGGAGUUAUUGGUCAGGACAUGAGAGAAGAAAGAAGUCCUUCAUUUUUCAAUGCUGAAGAAGUUUCUAUUGUUCAUAGUUAUGUCAACAGUUUGUUGAAGGAAAAGAAAAGAGGAUUGAAGAUAAAUCCAAAGGAUAUUGGCAUUAUUUCCCCUUACAGAAAGCAGGUACAAAAAUUACAGCAAUUAAUGAGAGCAAAUAAAUGGGGAGAUUUACAGAUAGGGUCAGUAGAGGAAUUCCAGGGACAGGAGAGGAAAAUUAUCAUAGUAUCUACUGUCAGGAGUAACCCAGAAUAUCUUUCUCUAGACAUGGACUUUAAACUAGGAUUUCUCAAAAAUCCAAAGAGGUUCAAUGUGACCUUGACCCGAGCUAAAGCAUUGUUGAUAGUGGUUGGAAACCCUGUCACUUUGUCACAUGAUAAAUACUGGAAACAAUUUAUUCAGUACUGCCAGGAAAACAAAGCCUAUGUAGGUGUAGAUUUUGAAGAUGAAGAAACCAUGGUGGAGGACAUUAUAGAAAGAUUAAGUGCCUUAGGUCUCUCUGAUUCUAUACCUCAAGCCUCAGGACAAGCAGUUAUUGAUGUUGAAGAAUUUAGUAAAUUUAACGACCAGCCAUGGCGUUCUGAUUUGUAGGCUGGAAAUGAGGAAAUCAAUAUGAUUGUUGAAAUUUGAAGAACAGAACAGAUAAGAAAGAAAAAAACAAAUAACACAUGCAAAUGAAUACUACACUCAAAAAUAGACAUGUAUGCAAAUAAGUUAAAAGUUGCAAAUGAAAUUAUGAGAAGAAAAUAGCUAUUUCAAUUAUAUUAUAUAUUUUACAACUGAAAAAUUGGUAAAUCUGCUUUCUUAAUUUUGUAGUUAGUGAUUCUUUUUUUUUAUAUAGGUUUAAUUCAAAUGAUUUGUUUGGUCAAAUUUAUGUACAGUUUUAAAGUUAUGUUAUAAGUUUUAAAGUCACCAAGUGGUAUUAGUAGAACUAGUUCUUCUAAGAUUUGAAAACUAAGUGGUCUUUCAAUGAUGUAGUUCUUUUAUGUUAUUUUUUUAUUUGUUUAGUGCAAAUAAUAUGUGUUAGCAUUUUCCUAGGUGUUAAUUAACUGACUGUAUUUGUAUUUGAGCAAGUUAUGGCUGUGAGCAGGAGACACAUUCCCUGUUGACACACCCAGCCUUGCUCCUUUUGUGAUUCCCUCAGUUUCUGUUUGUUACCUUGAUUUGUCUCUUCGUAAUCGAUUGAAAAGAUUUGAAUAUCUCUAAACAAUUGUCACCUUAAUUUAUGACAAAAUUCUUAGUACAUGAAGUAGUAAAGACUUUAAAAAAAAAAAGCCAAAAAACCUAGUCACUUGAAAAAAGGAAGAACAAAAUUUCACAAAAAUAAGAGAUAUAUAUAUGAAAAACAACUUCGUUAACCUUUCUGUACUGAGG